AUGAGUGAGUCAGGUUCUCAAGAGGAAACCAAGCCUGCCCAGGAAAAUGGAAAAGACAAAGAAAGGAAACAAGAAGCAACUGAAGUGAAUGAGCUUACUGAGAGUUCACAGAAUCCACCACACAGUUCUGAGUCAGAUACCUGCAAAAAUGUGGCAAAAGAAGCAACAAAUGAAGUCAAAUCCCAAGGACUCAUUGGAGAAAUGGCUAAUUUAAGGACUGGGGCAGGAAAUAUGUAUGAUGAACCUGGAGCAUCUUGUAGUGCCGAAAGCCUGCUGCCUGUGAUUGUGGAAUUAAACCUAGAGGGGAAGCCAAGGAUCUCAACUGGUUCAGUAAAGGAAUCUAACAUUACAAUCUCAAAAAAUGUUGUGAUUAGAGAACCUGCAAACGUGAUUUUCAAUUUAGAUCAAACUGUAGUGGAUUCAAAGCUAGAACAACCAUGGAAGAAAAAUCUUUUCGAAAGAGUGGAGGCAAGAGCUCAAGCAAUGCAGCAGAAAAUAAUAGAUAAGGAUAAUCUGAAGAAAGAACUAGAAAAAAAGGCUGAGAAAAGACUCCCUAAGGAUACUUUUGCCAAAGAGUGGUUUAAUAUUGAAAGCAUGACACUGAACACUCGUGCAUAUUUGCUCGACAAACUUCUACCCACCUUAGUUGUUGGAGUGGAAAAUAUGUUAAUGCAAGUGGAAAAAAAGAAGCUUUUGUCAGAAGCUGAUAUUCCAACUAAGUUUGAUCCAAUUAAUUAUUUGGGGGAAUACUUAAUGAGAAACAAUCCUUCUUAUAUCAAAGUCAAAAGAAUUUCUGGUUAUCAGAGGGCGAUGAGAGAUGUCACAGAAGAUCUGAAGAUACACGUCACCAACACUAUCUCCAACAGAGUAUCCAAGAUGAAGGAGCAGAUUAAAGAGAAACAAGAACAAAGAGAACACAUAAAUGAGGUCAAAAUCAAGGUGGCCAACACACGGAAACAGAUUCUGAAGGAGCAGUUCAGUGAAUGGAUUCUAGACCCCAAACGAACUAUUCCUAUGAUGGUGAUUCAGAAUGUUCUUCAUGAGUUUUUUCAAAAUCCAGCUUUCCAGCUUGAAGCACAUUGCAAACACUUGAAUAUUGCUGACUCAAUGGAACGAAGAUUGAACAAAACGGAGUUUGCAGAAUAUGUCUCUUCACACAUUGUAGACUUUAAGACUGAAAUGUUUGAGGAACUCCUUAGGCACCUUUGCCACUAUGCAGAUGAAUUCCGGGAGGUCAUAAAAACAGAUAUGCAGAGGCAGAUGUUUGCUGAACUCUUCCUGCAUUGUGACUGUGGGAAGGUAGGGUUUUUGGAUCGUCAGAGGACAUUGGCCUUACUGGAAACAUUCUAUGACCAAAGUCCAAAAAAUCUUAGACGUUUACUCCGAAACCCAAGGCAAUGGCCAUUUAUUGAAUUUGAAGAGAUAGAGCUGCCUGAGUUCUGGGGAGACAUGGAUAAUCAGAAACACAUUUAUGAAGACUUUGACAAUGUGCUCUUAGAGAUGAAUACAUCACUGUCUGAAAAGCAUGCUAGAAAAAAACAAAGUAAAUUGUUAAAAAAUAUAGAAGAUCAACACAAACAUGAUAAACAUAAAAAAUCAACACUAUUAGAAGAGCAGAGAGGGACAACUGAAGGACAAGACCCAAACAAAACUUUAGUGGAAGAACAAGACUCAGAGUCGAUUGGAGAACAAGAACCGCACAGGGAACAGGUAACAGCACAGGGACAACACAAAGGGUCAACAGCGCGGCAAGGGUCACGCAGAGGACCACGCAGAAUGUCAGUGACAGAAGAACCACAUACAGGGCCAGUCACAGAACGAGGAUCACACAGAGGAUCACGCAGAAUGUCAGUGAUAGAAGAACCGCAAAGACAGUCAACUGAAGAACAAGAAUCGCACAGAGAGUCAGGGACAGAACAAGGAGCACACAGAGGGUCAACUGCAGAAGAAGAACCUCAGAGAGAGCCAGUAACACAAAGAGGAUCCCGCAGGGGAUCCCGCAGGAUGUCAGUAACAGAAGAGCCACACAGAGGGUCAACGGAUGAAGAAGGAUCACGCAGAGAGUCACUAGCUGAACCAGGAUCACGCAGGGGAUCCCGCAGGAUGUCAGUAAUAGAAGAGCCACAUAGAGGGUCAACGGAUGAAGAAGGAUCACGCAGAGAGUCACUAGCUGAACCAGGAUCACGCAGGGGAUCACGCAGGAUGUCAGUAAUAGAAGAGCCACACAGAGGGUCAACGGAUGAAGGAUCACGCAGAGAGUCACUAGCUGAACCAGGAUCACGCAGGGGAUCACGCAGAAUGUCAGUAAUAGAAGAUCCACAUAGAGGGUCAACCGAUGAAGAAGAAUCACACAAAGAGUCACUAACACGAAAAGGACCACACAGGGGAUCACGCAGAAUGUCAGUAGUAGAAGAGCCACAUAGAGGGUUGAUUUCAGAAGAAGAAUCUCCUAGAGAGUCAAUUCCAGAGGAACAGGACAUAGCCUCAACUUCACAAUCAAGGGAAGCAACUGCAAAGAAGAAAGCUCAGAAAGACAAAUCCUGUGAACCCAAGUCCCAAACAAUAGAAGGAAAGCCAUGGACAGGUGAACUUUUGACUUGUAACUUGAAGAAGCAUGCCAAAAGUGAAGAUGAGGAACAGGCAAACUUAAUCUAUGGUAACGCCAAGUUCACAGACCUACAUUCAAUUAUCAGAAAUAAUCAGUCUUACAAAGAAGUGAAAGGAAGGAGUGCCUUCAAUAGAGUUUCCUUCAAUCUGCUCCAGUUUGUGCAACUCCUGGAGACAUUUGUUGGUGAAGAUACCCCUCUGAGCGCCAGUGAGACCCUUGCCUCCUUUUUUAAGUGUGGCUAUGUUGAAACAGAAGAAGAGAAAAUGAGUGCCUUAGAAGAGGCUAGACAAAAUGUUUCCCGAGUUCGAUGGGGACUUCUCCUAGAAGCCCUCUUUCAGAUGUGGGACAGUGAUGGCUCAGGCUUUCUAGAUCUGAAAGAAGUUGAUGAACUCUUGUAUACAUACAAGGAGGGAAUGGAAAAAGAAGCUGUAGAGUCAGGAGCACCAUGA